UUAUUCCACACCACUAAUUCCAACAAACCAAAGUCUUCCUUCUCUUUGCUUCUUUCAAUUCAAAAUUUUUGACACUUUAUCCUCUGUUUUCUUCCUCAAAAAACAUGGAGGGUUUGAUUCCUAUGGUUUACAAGGCUAUCAAGAGGAACAGAACUCACCGACGAUACCAGUGUCUCUCAACAGGCGCUGCUCAGAGCUACAACAUUGCAGACUUCUACAUGGAUGGGCAAAGCCAUGUGCAUUUGACAUCUUCAACUGAAAAGGCAGGCAGUUUCCAGCCUGAGAGCGACAGCCACCACCGCCGGUACAAGUCUAUGGGAGACUUCUCUGUGGGGUUUCCCUCCAUGGAUCAUAGCAGAACUGAUGCUUCUCCUAAAGCAAGCAAGCAGUUGGUGAGAUUUGGAAGCCAUAGAAUGUUCUCAUGUGUAACAGGUGCCUAGGUUAUUCUCACAAAACAGAACUCCGAUCCUCCGCUUGUCAUAUGUUAAAAACACAGGGCGAUCCUUUGUUUCCUGAAAAAAAGUAACACUGAUGCUUGUAAAUAAAGCAUUGUUUCUGUUUUGUUCGUGAUUUGCUGGAAGAAGCAUCACAAGGAUCUGUGCAAAUUGAACACGGCCUUUUAGUCCAAGCCGGAGGUGAAGAAACUGGCAAAAGUGAAGAUUUUGGCCAUGCCCUCAAUAAGUAUAUUUAGCAAUGAUUGUUACUUUUCUUGAAUGUAAGUUUUCAGGUGGAAGGUUUAGAUUCUGCAGGGUUUUUUUAUUUUUAUUUUUUAAUGUAAGAUGUAAGAGAAAAAAAAAAAGCAUAAUUAAACAUAAAAAUUAAUC